AUGACGACUGCGAGUGAAAGAGUCAGCUAUAAAUCAGAUAUCAGCGAGAAGACUAAAAAGAAAGCCAAGAAAGAAUUGAACGAAGAUCCAUCAAAACAACAAAAAUGUUUAAACGAAUUACGCGCGCUGUUUAACACAAGACCUGACAUAAAAUUUCGUACUGAUGAUGCUUUUCUCAUUCGUUUCCUGAGAGCCAAAAAAUAUGAAACCAACCGAGCCUUCAAGACGUUAGUACACUACUAUGAAGUGCGUCGACAACACAAAGACAUUUUUAUUAAUUUUGUGCCAUCAGCGAUAAUGCAUGUAUUGGAAACGAAAAUGCACUUCAUAUCGGACAAAUGGGACGUAGAUGGUCGUCGUGUUAUCGUGUUUCAGAUAGACAAAUGGGAUGUUAAACAAAUGGAGGCUACGGAGAUUAUUCGAUCAGUUCUAAUGCUACUAGAAAUGCUCCUAGAAGAAGAAGAAUCCCAGGUGAAUGGAGUCGUAGUUGUUGCCGAUGCUUCUGGGCUGACCAUGAGUCACGUGACCAAAAUGGGACCAUCUCAUAGGGUAAUGAUGGACGUCAUACAGAAUGCAUUGCCUCUACGAUUCAAAGCAAUGCACUUCGUGAAUGAACCUAAGAUUAUAGACGCCGCAUUAGCAUUGGUUCGACCAUUCAUGAGUGACAAGCUUAAAAAAAGGCUGCAAUUCCACGGAGAAGAAUUCGCAUCAUUGCAUAAACAAAUACCGUCGUCCAUACUCCCAGCAGAGUAUGGGGGCGCUGUCGCAGAGUUUGAUAACAAAGACUGGAGAGAGAUACUGUUGGGAAUGGAAGACAAAUUUAUAGAGAAUAAUAAGUAUGGAUUCCCAAAGACUGCAGAUACCCUCGGCGGGACAGGACAGGGUAGGGACGCAGCUGGUGGAUUAACUGGCAGCUUCAAGAAACUUGAUGUUUAG